AUGCUUUCAGUCUCAGGAACAAGGCCAUUGACAUUCAAAAUCUCUCUUCCAUUUCCAGCCUUCUCUCUCAAAACCCACAUGGAAUCUCCACCAAGAACCAUCUCGACUUCUGCUUCACAUUCUGCUCUAACAAAAUCUAAUGUCGAAGAUGUUAGUGAUGGUUUCUCUAUAACAUUACAGGAAUGGCAAGGUUGGGGUGCAGUAUCUCCACUGCCUGCUAAAGUUGUGGAGAUCGUUACGGAUUUGAAGCUUUUGGAGAAAAAAAUUGAGACCCAGAUGAGCUUUAGUGGCCAUCGUGGAAAAUUACAGGGGGAUUUUAGAAUGCAAGAGGACAAGAAACAUAGAGCAACAUAUCAGGCUUUAGGUGAUUCUGAGAAGAAACUCCAGUUCUUUUCAGCUCGGCAAAUAGCGUGUCGUUUGCUUGGAAGUAGAGGUUACCUCUGCCAGAAGUGCUGGCUACCUCUAGAAGAAGAUUGUAUGUGUUCGAAAGUCAAGCCUAGCUCUCUACAUGGCAUAAGAUUUUGGUUGUAUAUGCAUCCAAAGGAUUUUCUACGACAAAACAACACUGGAAAGUUGUUAUGGCAAGUAUUUGGUGUUGAAUCAGCUACUUUAUGCCUCUAUGGGAUUGCUGAAGAUGAAGAAAUAAUGUGGAAUGCAUUUAAGCUUGCAGGAAAGGACAAGGUUUGGUGCCUUUAUCCCAACAAGAAUGCAGCAACAAAGACAGUGCAGGAUGCUUUUUGUCAGGAAACUUCAGCUGAUCCAGAAUGCAUCCUGACCAUGAAAAAUGCAGAUAAAGCUUUAAAUUUCAUUUUGAUUGAUGGUACAUGGAGCAACUCUGCUGCAAUGUUCAACCGUUUAAAGGAGAAAACAAAGUCAAUAUGGGGAGAGGAGGAUCUUCCUUGUAUCUCCCUGUCUGCAGGUGCAUCUACAAUGCACAAACUUCGACCCCAGCCGUCAUGGGACCGUACCUGUACAGCUGCAGCAGCCAUUGGCCUCCUCUCGGAGCUACAACUACUUCCACAAUUCAGUUCCAGUGGAUUAGAUAAACAGACUGAAGCGGUAGAUGAUGCCAUAGACAUCCUAUUAGAAGCACUAACUGCUCGACGUCUUAGGAUGGGCCGUUCCAUAACCCGUAGAGGUGCUUAUAAACAGAUGAUUGGGUACCAAAUUUCUCUUCUGGCCGUGAUGCAGCCUUGUGAUGCGCAAUUUUUUACUGCUAAGCUGCACCAUGUGGUUUUUCUCGACAAUCUCUCAUUCAACAUUGCAAUUCAGAGAAUGAUGGGAUACUGGAUAGAUCUGAGAACACAGCCUCUAACUGAAGUCAUUUAG